ACUCCCGAGCGCAGGCGGGCGGCCGGGCAGGCGUCGCAGCGCGGGCCGGCGGGAAGCGUACUCUGGGCACGGGGCGCCGGGCAGGCCCGGCUGCGCCAGGCGGCAGUAGUGGGAGGCCGCCUAAAGCCUCGCGCGGCGCCGCCCGUCGAAGGGCGGGCGGCGGCGGACCGACCCGGCCGUCGAAGGGCGCAGGAGGCCGGAGGGGCCGUGCUGGGCGGCGCGGCGCAGCGCAGCCAUGCCUGGCUUUACGUGCUGCGUACCGGGCUGCUACAAUAACUCGCACCGGGACAAGGCGCUGCACUUCUACACGUUUCCUAAGGACGCUGAGCUACGGCGCCUGUGGCUGAAGAACGUGUCCCGUGCCGGCGUCAGUGGGUGCUUCUCCACCUUCCAGCCCACCACGGGCCACCGUCUCUGCAGCGUUCACUUCCAGGGCGGCCGCAAGACCUACACGGUGCGUGUCCCCACCAUCUUCCCGCUGCGCGGCGUCAAUGAGCGCAAAGUAGCGCGCAGACCCGCGGGAGCCGCGGCGGCUCGCCGCAGGCAGCAGCAACAGCAGCAGCAGCAGCAGCAACAACAGCAGCAACAACAGCAGCAGCAACAGCAGCAGCAGCAGCAGCAGCAAGCGUCGCCGUCCGCCUCCACUGCCCAGACCUCCCAGCUGCAGCCCAACCUGGUGUCUGCCUCCGCGGCCGUGCUCCUCACCCUUCAGGCCGCCGUAGACAGCAACCAGGCUCCGGGAUCCGUGCCGCCGGCGCCCACCACCCCCACCGGAGAAGACGUGAAGCCCAUCGACCUUACUGUGCAAGUGGAGUUCGCAGCCGCAGAGGGUGCGGCCGCAGCAGCUGCUGCGUCGGAGCUAGAGGCCGCCACAGCAGGGCUGGAGGCCGCCGAGUGCCCCAUGGGCCCCCAGUUGGUGGUGGUCGGGGAAGAGGGCUUCCCUGACACUGGCUCCGACCACUCUUACUCGCUGUCGUCAGGCACCACGGAGGAGGAGCUGCUGCGCAAGCUGAACGAGCAGCGGGAUAUCCUGGCGCUGAUGGAAGUGAAGAUGAAAGAGAUGAAGGGCAGCAUCCGUCACCUGCGUCUCACCGAGGCCAAGUUGCGCGAAGAACUGCGCGAGAAGGAUCGUCUCCUGGCCAUGGCUGUGAUCCGCAAGAAGCACGGAAUGUGAACGGGUCCCCCUGCGGCCUGCGGGAGUCCUCGGGCCGCCGUGGAACUCCCCUGGACUCCCGGGGCACUGGUGACAGUACUGAGGAUUAGGGCAGCUGGACUCUUGCUGGUGAUCUGGCGAUCUCACUUGUUUCCUCCAUACACAGCAGUCUGGGGCCUCCGACUCUGCACUGGUGACACCAGCAUUUGUGACUUGGUUUACUCUCUUUCCCCAGUUUAUGUUGCAGAUUCUGGUCAAGCAGAGGCUUCAGAACCAGUGAACUUGAAACUUAACCCCUGAGGGUUGCAGGUGGGAUGCCCAGGGACUGUGGGUUUGGGAAAACCACUCCUUAAGGUUGGCCGGCAGUCGGAAGCGAUUCUUCUGUGUGUAGUGGUGAUAGUUCCAAGUAACAUCAGUUCUCCUUUUCAUGCUUUUGCUUCCCAGGUGCAGCUCUGUGAUUCUGAUGGGGACUGGUAGAUCUGUGCCUCUUCCUCCUGGGACCUCCCUCCCCAGGGGGACUGGGUGACCUGCUGAUGGAGAUCCAGCUUGCCAGGGACUUAGGUUUAUCCUGUUCUGUUUGCUACUGGUUACAAAUUCUAUUUUCUGUACAAUUAGUCAGACUAAAGUUUUCACUGUGUUUGUUUGGCAGGACAAAUUAAACAAAAAGUAAGGUUUGUA